AAAUUAUGAUAAGCAGGUUACCUUCAAUUAUGUUUUAAUUUCCUAUUUGGAAGCAUUAUUAAAAGAGUGCCAAUUAUAAUUUCCCUAUACUUUAUUCUCUAUAGACCUGAUAUAAAGACAAGCAUCCUCAGUUGUAAAGGUGCUCCUACCCUUAAACCACCUGAUAAAGCAUAGUUUCACAUAAGCAAAUUCCAGAGAGAGAGAGAGAGAGGGAGUUACUAGAUAUGGCUGUUGACAUUCCAUCUUGUGAUCCAUCAGAUGAUGACUAUAUAGACAUUGAAAUUGGUUCAUACACUAACUUUCGCUGCUGCUCCAAAAGCUCGCCGCGACAAUCCAGAGAGUUCGAGUUUCAAAUGUCUUUGAAUUCUCGAGGGAGAGAGCCAACGACUUCUCCAGCUGAUGAGCUCUUCUACAAUGGGAAGCUUCUUCCCCUUCAUCAUCCCCCACGCCUGCAAAUGAUAGAGAAACUCUUGCAAAAGUCUAGUUCUGAUUAUGAUUACAGAAAAGAUACGUUUGAAGAAUUUUACACCACUCCAUUAACCACUUCACUCAAUACACCUACCAGUACUCCUUUUGACUCCUGCAACAUUUCUCCUUCUGAAUCUUUUCGGAUUAGUAGGGAGCUAAAUCCGGACGAAUAUCUUCUAGAGUAUUCAGCAGAUGUGAGCUAUUUGAAUGGUGAAAGAUCGAAAAAGUCCUGGACCAAAAAGCUUAAGCAUUCUACCCUUUGUCUCAAGCUGAAAGCUUCCAGGGCUUACAUCAAAUCUUUUUUUACCAAAUCAGGUUGCUCAGAUGAGUCCUGUGCAGCAGCUGCAAAGAUUGCAGAUGAAGGAUCAGCCUCAAAACCCAAUGAAUGUUCAAAAAAGGGAGCUAGAGUGGAAAAGAGAAAGCCAUUUGGACCAAUUUCGAGCUCUAUCGCCAAUUCCAACAAAGACAAAGGCAAUACAGAAAACAGUAGUCGCAACAGAAGAUCAUUCUCAUUGGUUAUUAAGAGACAACCAAUUAUCAAAUCAUCGUCUUUUGCACCAUUACAUCCCACUUCAUCUUCAUGUCCAAAUAUUUCAAGCGGGAAAUACCUAAAGAGAUGUGGGAGUGUGAAUUCAGAGAUUGAGAACUCGAUUCAGGGAGCAAUUGCACACUGCAAGCAGUCUCAAUCUCAGCAACCAUUGCGUUCAAGAAAGACAGUUAGUGAAGUUGGGAUUUACUUAUUAUCAUCUUCAACCCUUACAGUUUCUGAUGAUCAGGAAAUACCAGAACUUGGCAGGGGAUGAUAGAGACUGACAGAGAAUAAGAAAGUACAGACCUAUAAGAUAUUAAUGACAUCUUAGUUCUUCUUAUAAGAAUCCUGUCUGGGGUAUGCUAUAAGUCAACGAAAAAUGUUGUUCAUGGCUAUCUGUAAUUUGUACUGGUGAGUACAACAUGUAGGACUUUAUGAAAAUGCAACACAAGAUGUCUGUCUCAAA